CGCCACCACACAAAUCAAACUCACCCAGCGACCAGUGGACAGAGGCAGGAGGAGGAGGAUGAGGAGAAACGGAGGGAUGAGCGCGGACAGAAAGCACCGACCACGCCAUGGAGCCGCAGUGAAGCAGGAGCAGCGCAGGAUUUAAGCGCAUUGGUGGUGAUAACAAGAAGAAGGAGGAGAAAAAACAAAAACCCUCUUUGUUUCCCGCAGAGGAAGAAUAUGUCAAGACAUGUGAACGGGACGGGAGAUGAGAUUCAAACUGUUUCCCUCCUCGUCUUGUGAUCUGUGUCCGCCUGUGAGCCGCGGAGCCUCGGGUGUGCACGGGACAGGGGGCGCGCUGCUCACAGCUCAGCUGUGGAUGGAAGAAAAACGCUCCUUUGUGUGUUUUAUUUGAAUCUGGAUCUGUGUGAAUCUCCACUAUGAGAGCUGUUUCUGCAAACUUGUUCGCUCUGCUCCUCCUGUGCGCGCUGGCGAGUGUGUUCUACGUGUGGAACCCGCUGGAGGAGCGUUUGGAGCGGCACAAACGGAGGAUCUCGGUGCCGGGCGGGGGCUCGUCUCUCCACACGGGUCUUCCAGCAGCGGACCUCUCCGCCAAAACUUUCCGGACAUUGCUCGCCGUCCCUGCGGCACAAAGACCGCACUUGGGGGCCAGACUUGAGGCGCACAACCGCACCGUUCAAAGCGCAUCUGCGGGAAGUCGACAUUACCAUGAGAAUGGGGAUAACAAGAGGUCAGAGCAGCGGGGAGGGCCGGUCAAGUUAGGCUCCCCGCUGGAGGAUGGGGUGUUCUGGGGAGACUGGCUGGAAGACCUGCGCCCCGUGGGCUUCACGGAGGAAUAUGCUCAGGAAUGGCGAGAGAAUGCGCGGACACACCGGGUCGUGAAGCUGGAGCCGGGAUGCGGUAGGAUUUCCAAUCGGCUCGCCACUUUUGCAGACGGGACCAAAGCGUGCGUGCGCUACGGCAUCAACGCGGAUCAGGUGCAGGGAGAAACUUUGACUUAUUAUCUCGCCACUUUGCUCGGCAUCACGAACCUGCCUCCCCUCGCUCUGUCCCAGCUGAGCAGUGACAGUGAACAAUGGGCGGCGGUGAGGACGCGGAUAAAUGGUUUACAGUGGAGCGACAGGGCCGUGGUUUCUCUCACAGAGUGGGUCUCCAACCUGACCGGUGUGGUCACACCUGCGCCGCUCAGGCAGGAGAGCGCCGGGCUGCGCCCUGUGCUGGAGGAGCUGCGGAACAAGACGACCGCGGAGCUGCUGGAGCUCAUGCAGUGGUCCGACCUGAUCAUACUGGACUACCUGAGCGCAAACUUCGACAGACUCGUGAGCAACCUGUUUAGCCUGCAGUGGGACUCGCGCGUCAUGGAGCGAGACACCAACAACCUCCUGAAAACGCCGCGCGGCGACCUCGUCUUCAUUGACAACGAGGCCGGACUCGUGCACGGCUUUCGGGUGUUGAACAUGUGGGAGAAAUAUCACAGCACGGUGCUGAGCUCCGUGUGCGUGUUCAGAAAAAGGACCACGCAGCGCGUGGCGGAGCUGCACAGGCGCAGAGACUCGAGGCGCAGGCUGCUGGAGCUUUACAGAGACAGCGAGCCUUUGUCUGUGGAAUUGGGAUUUCUCUCGGACGAGCACGCCGCCGUCCUCCAGGACAGGAUAGACAGAUUAUACAAACACAUUUUGCAUUGCAAAGGCAAAUACAGCGAGCUGUCACCAUCGCAGCCGGCACAGUAACAACGAGCUCUGCACACCUGUGUUAAACCGACGCGCGUCACAAAGACUGUCUUCAACAUCCAGCUCAACUACCUCUUGUGAAUAGAAUGUGUUGUCUACUUUAUGACUAAGUAUAUGAAACACGUUUCUAAGCUCCCCCCCCCUGCACAGAUUGUCACUGUUUGCCUCGAGGAGAGGAAUGCUGAAAGGGUUAGUUCACAUUUGUUUCAGGUGGGGGUUAAAUAUGGCACUUCUGCACAGUCAGUGUGUUACAUACAGUAGACAGCAGUGUGUUACAUACAGUAGACAGCAGUAGCUGUUUCCAUCACGGUUCGGUUUGGCACGGUAUGGGUUCAGGCUUGCGUUUUGACUGAGAACAGCACCUUAACUUGAGUGUGGCACAACAGACAAAGGCACAGUCUGUGUCGACCAUGAUGGCUGCUGUUUGCUGGCCUCAUUUUCUUCUUCUUUUCCCCUUUUUCAGUGGCUAUUUAAAACUGCGUCGACUUCCAUGGGAUAUUUACACCGAGUUUAGCCACUCUAGCUUCAGGUACCCUAAGGGAAACAUGUUAAAAUGGAGCGGUUGGGGUUGGUUAUUUUGGUACGAUUCCUAAUAGAAACGCAAAAAAAAAAAAAACGUACCACACUGAACCAAACCGAAAUGUUCCACUCAAUGGGGACACAGCAAAUGUGUUGUCGAAGGCCCGACUAUAAAUGAUUAUACAUUUCUCCUUUAAUGGUGAACAUGCUAUUUGCAUUACUGGAUCAUUUGCAUUUGGUUAAGUAAAUAGAGCCACUGACUGCUCACCUGGGACUAGUGCUGUAGCUAACCGUCCAGCGACAGUGCAGCUUGACUCUCGACAUCCUCGCUCCCCACUCCUUCUUCGCCUGGUCUCAGUGGCUCCAGAUGCACACAAACAAUAGAAGAAUCCCUCAAUGGCAAAUUGACUUUCACGACAUCUGAGUCUAAAUAUUUCAAUGCUUAGCGGGAUUCUGCACCUCCUUGCCUCGACUUUGUGUGUCCAAUUUCAUUACGCGAUAAAUGUCGCGCUGUAUUUGGCGUGAAUGCACCUUUUCCCGUACGACAGCCGAUUCGCUGCGUCGUAACGCGGCUUAUGCACGCGGGAAUAUGUUGUGAAAAUACUGCGCCUGAGAAGAGGGCUUACUGACAGCAUGAUGAAGCAGUUAGAGCACGUUUGAUAUUUUCCUUUUCUUUUCACUGGGCUAACGCUAACGUUUUCUCAGCUGUCCCCGCGCUGACAUUUAAACAAUGUAUAAAUCAUAACUUGCGGUUCUCCCUCUCCAAGCGGACAGUGUGCUGAAUGCUGUCUGAUGGAUGUAACACACUGACUACACAUGAGUACCUUAUAUAUUUAAAACCUGAACUGUCUCUUUAAGGUCAUUAGCUCUGGUCUUACCUUACUCCACUGACUCUUACCGGAAUAGAAAUUAAUGUAAAGAGUGUAUUUGUGACUUGAGUAUCAUAACACAGCCCUUCAUUUCAAUUUUUUUUGUUUUCCUUGUUUCUGGUAAUCCUUAAGCUAAACUCUUAAGCCUUAACAUUACGUUGAUUCUGGAAUUAUUCUGCGUUCACAUUACCAGGCUGACGGUUUUUAAAGGGAGAGGAUCCAGUUGUCAGUUUCAAAUAAGGCUUUUGUCAGUCCUACAUCCUAUACUGUAUAUAUGUAUGUAUAUAUAUAUAUAUAUAUAUAUGUGUAUAUAUAUAUAUACAUAUAUAUAUAUAUAUAUACAUAUAUGUAUAUAUCUAACAUGGGACUUCCCAUGUGGCGUCAAUGACCUGCACCAGGUGAACCAUCAAAUCCGAUGUCUGUUGAAGUUGGGGGACUUGGACAACAUGUCUGGUAAUGUGAAUGUGGCUUUAACGUCUGACAUCUGGCUCGCUUUUUAUAGAAAAGAAAAGGAAAAAAAAAAAAAAAGUAGUAUUUUGCACAGCACCUUGUUACAGCAGCACCUGCACUCUUGUAAUUGUGUUUGGAUCGCAUAUUCGGCCUUAAAGUCAGUCACAGGUGUAUACGACUAUUGUACAUUGUUGUAAAUACGUUGUCCACUGACCUGUUUUGGAUAUUUGAUGCUCCGCUAAUUUAACUUGCAUUGUAACAUUCCAAAAUGUGUCCUUUUUUUUGAUAAAUACACUGUAAUUUAAUUUAA